AUGAAAUCUCUCACUUUCCCCAUCCUCCUCACUCUCACCAGCCUCGCCGCCGCCCGCACCGAUCUCGACGGCUGCACCAAAUCCGCCACCGUCAACCAAUGGGGCGAAGCCAGCAUGAUCUGGUACGUGCCCGACACCGGCGAGAUCUGCGAUUUCCCUGACUGCGGCGGUGGUCGCGCUCCCCCCAAGUACAACCAGCCCGGGUGCGCCGCCUACACCGGCACCGAGACCUUGACCCCGAGCUACCUCCCCGGCUGGGGUCCCGACGGCAAGGUUGCGCCGUCCACUUCGGCUGUCUCGGCUUCGGCAACGCAUUCCGAGGCCGAGGCCACUUCCACUGGAGCCGUUACCUCUGAUACUACUAAGACCGGUAGUACUUUGAUUACUGCUGCGCCGACCUUGUCCACUGGGGUUUCGUCUUCGGCAGCUGGUUCUUCUUCGCCGGCUGGUUCUUCUUCGCGGGUGGCGGAGAGUGGUUCGUCGUCGAGCUCUGCUUCGUCGGGUUCGAGGGGCUCUUCGAAUACGACGUCUUCGGCGGGUGUUCUGGCGACUGGUAAUGCGGCUAGUGCGAUGGGGAUAUCCUUGAGGUAG